AUGUCCAAGACUCUGGAAAUGAAGAAUGAACUGCAAAUCCUCGUUGGCCUACCAGAGGCAAUUGUGCAGGAGGAGUUGAAAACAUCACUAAAUGGACUGAAGAAGAGGAGGGUGCAAUUUGAGAAAGUCACACAGAACUGUGAACAUGCAUCCAGACAUAACCAGGUAGAGGCCGAACUCACAGAGGAGCACAUGAAGAAGGAGUUUGAGAGCCUUCACCAGUUUUUGAGAGAGCAGGAAGCAGCCAGGCUGCUCGUCCUCAGGGAGGAACAGAAGGAGAAAAGGAGAGAGGCAGAAAAACAGGUAGACGAAAUGAAUCAGCUGAUAACAUCUCUGGAGGAGAAGGUACAACUGGUGGAAGAGGAGCUAGAUGCAGGAGGAGAAGGGGCUGGAUUUUUAAAGCAAUACCAAGACACAAUGAAUAGUACCUGUACAGGUGACAGGGAACCACAGAAGGUUUGCAGACCUCUGAUCGAUGUGGCCAAACACCUGGGAAACCUCCAGUAUGCUGAAUGGGAGAAGAUGAAACACAUUGCCCCCUACACUCCUGUGACCCUUGACCCCAGGACAGCAGGCCAGUCUCUGAGGGUGUCUCCCGGGUUAAACAGUGUCCAUUUCACCCCUGGACCCUCACAGUGUCUGGAUGUCCCAGCUGACCCAGAAAGUUUCCACCCUCAUUCCUGCAUCAUGGCAAGAGAGGGCUUUGAAUCAGGAGUGCACUGUUGGGAUAUUGAGGUUGGUGACACCAACAGUUGGGCAGUCGGUGUGGCUGCUCACUCAGUGUCCAGAGGUGCAGAUAUGAUGGCCUGUCCCGAGGCAGGACUCUGGUGCAUCAGCCUGCGAGAAGGAGAGUACCUGGCUCUGACCGCUCCCACUCAGAAACUCAACCCACAACACCUCUCUAAGCUCUGUGUGAGGCUGGACUGGGAUGAAGGGACGCUUGCAUUCUUGAACACUGAUACUGAAACACAUAUUUUCACGUUUAAACAUUGCUUUACUGAAAAGGUGUACCCAUACUUUGAGAGUACAUCGUUGUAUGGGGGCUUUUCAGUGUUGGCUCAGAGAGUGAAGGUCAGCCUGGGGUCAGAUGAUGUCCCUGAAGAGGACACUGCUAUCCUUGAGGAGGAUCAGGUGAUAACAAAUGACUCCUGGAAACAGGGAGACAUUAACGCUCUUUCAACAAACAACAACGGCAAGAAGUGUGAACGUCUGAAUGAAGACAAGAAAUCCAAACCUCAGGGGGGCACCUUGAAGAACCAUAUCAUUAAAACAAAACCCGCUGAGCAAAAUUCAAAAGAUAAAACCAAAAAACAGAGCACCAAACCCAGGUUCAGUGUGAGCUACCAUGUGUCACUAAACAGAGCCCUAAACAUCAUCAACAAUGAGUCUGACAGUCACAAACAAAUCCAGAUGAAUCAUGUUGAUCAUUUGGUUAAUCCUGAAUGUGUUAAAUAA